GGAGCUGGAACUAACAUCUUGGCAUCAUGGGAGAAUCAAGGAUUUUGUCAUUUUUCUCUUUCUGUAUUCGGCUUGGCAUUAUAUUGGCAGUAUUAUUCUUCAAAAUUCAGCAUGCAGCUGCUGAGAGCCCAGAGCAAAACCCUAAGCAGGACACUCCCUCACGUGACAACCAAACUAAAACAUGCACUGGAAGUUAUGAAUGUAAGGUAGGUGUGAUUCUGCCAGUGUGGAAACCCCAAAACCCAUCCUUUGGAGACAAAGUGGCAAGAGCUACAGUCUACUUUGUAGCCUUGUUUUACAUGUUCCUGGGGGUUUCCAUCAUUGCAGAUCGCUUCAUGGCCUCCAUUGAAGUCAUUACUUCACAAGAGAAAGAGAUAACCAUCAAGAAGCCCAAUGGUGAAACCACCACAACCACAGUACGAAUAUGGAACGAGACUGUGUCCAACCUGACCCUGAUGGCCCUGGGCUCCUCUGCCCCUGAAAUCCUGCUGUCUGUCGUUGAAGUGUGUGGCCACAAAUUUCAUGCUGGUGAUCUUGGCCCAAACACUAUUGUGGGCAGCGCUGCAUUCAACAUGUUUGUCAUCAUUGGUCUUUGCGUCUAUGUUGUCCCUGAUGGAGAGCACAGGAAAGUCAAGCAUUUGAGGGUGUUCUUUGUGACCGCCACUUGGAGCAUAUUUGCAUACACCUGGCUUUACCUGAUCUUAGCUGUCUUCACCCCAGGGGUUGUUGAAGUGUGGGAGGGCCUGCUUACGCUGUUUUUCUUCCCCCUCUGUGUAGUUUUCGCAUGGGUUGCUGAUAGAAGGCUUUUGUUCUACAAGUACGUAUACAAGCGCUACAGGGCCGGGAAACAACGGGGCAUGAUCAUUGAAAUGGAAGGUGACAGACCACUUCCAUCAAAGGUUGAUAUAGAGAUGGAUGGCAAGAUGCUAAACUCCCAUGCAGUGGACUUUUUGGAUGGCACCCUUGAUUUGGAGGAUAAAGACCUGGAUGAGGAGGAAGCCAGGAGAGAAAUGGCCAAAAUCCUGAAGGAACUAAAGCAGAAGCAUCCUGACAAGGAAAUGGAGCAACUGAUUGAGCUAGCCAACUACCAGGUCCUGAGCCAGCAGCAGAAAAGCCGUGCCUUUUACCGUUGUCAGGCUACCAGACUGAUGACAGGGGCAGGAAACAUUCUGAAAAAGCACGCUGCGGAUCAAGCUCGUAAAGCUGUCAGUAUGCACGAGGUACGCACUGAAGGUGCCGAAAGCAACCCCGUGUCCAAGAUCUUCUUUGACCCUGGCUCGUAUCAGUGUCUUGAGAACUGCGGUACCGUGGCAGUGAAUAUUGUGCGUCGUGGUGGUGACCUGACAACCACUGUGUCUGUGGAGUUCCGUACAGAAGAUGGCACAGCCAACGCAGGCUCUGACUACGAGUUCACCGAGGGUGUUGUGGUCUUCAAGCCUGGGGAGACACAGAAGGAGAUCCGGGUGGGCAUCAUUGAUGAUGACAUCUUUGAGGAAGAUGAGAACUUCCUGAUUCACCUCAGCAAUGUAAAGGUGAUCUCAGAUGGCACAGGGGAACAAAACCCAGAGGCAAAUCAUGUUGAAAGUCUUGCAACCCUGGGCAUGCCCUCAACUGCCACAGUGACCAUCUUUGAUGACGACCACGCUGGCAUCUUUACGUUCGAAGAGCCGGUCACACAUGUGAGCGAGAGUGUUGGCACAAUGGAAGUGAAGGUACUUCGCACUUCUGGAGCUCGUGGGGUGGUCGUUGUCCCUUACAAGACCAUUGAGGGUUCAGCAAAAGGGGGAGGAGAGGACUUUGAAGAUACCCAUGGCGUUCUGGAGUUCCAGAAUGAUGAAAUCUUCAAAACUAUAAAGAUCAAAGUAAUUGAUGACGAGGAGUAUGAGAAAAACAAGACCUUCUUCGUUGAGAUUGGGGAGCCUCGCCUGGUGGAGAUGAGUGAGAGGAAAGCCAUGUUGCUACAUGAAUGUGGUGGAUUCCUUUUCUUAACAACUCUUGCCCUAUUAGGCCACGAUGUCUACAGGAAAGUGCAAGGUCGAGACAAUCCCAUCCCCUCCACCGUAGUCCGCAUUGCAGAAGAGUAUACCAGCAAGGAGCCUCUCUCUAUGAAGGAAGAGGAGGAGCGGCGUAUAGCUGAGAUGGGGCGACCCAUGCUGGGAGAGCACACAAAGCUCGAAGUGGUCAUCGAGGAGUCCUACGAGUUUAAGAACACAGUGGAUAAACUGAUUAAGAAAACAAACCUUGCCCUGUUGGUUGGAACAAACAGCUGGAGGGAUCAGUUUAUUGAAGCCAUCACUGUCAGCGCUGGCGAGGAUGAUGAUGAUGAUGAGUGCGGCGAAGAGAAGCUGCCCUCGUGCUUCGACUACGUGAUGCACUUUCUGACCGUGUUCUGGAAGGUUCUGUUUGCGUUUGUUCCACCCACGGACUACUGGAACGGCUGGGCCUGCUUCGUGGUGUCCAUCUGCAUGAUCGGCCUGCUGACCGCCUUCAUCGGCGACCUGGCGUCCCACUUCGGCUGUACCAUUGGCCUGAAGGACUCUGUCACCGCUGUGGUCUUCGUAGCCCUCGGCACCUCAGUGCCAGAUACCUUUGCCAGCAAGGUGGCAGCCACUCAGGACCAGUACGCCGACGCCUCUAUUGGGAACGUGACGGGCAGCAAUGCUGUCAACGUAUUCCUGGGCAUCGGGGUGGCCUGGUCCAUCGCCGCCAUCUACCAUCACAUCCACGGCAAGAAGUUCGAGGUGGACCCGGGCACCCUGGCCUUUUCCGUCACCCUCUUCACCAUCUUCGCGUUCAUCGCCGUGGGGGUGCUGAUGUACCGGCGGCGGCCCGAGAUCGGCGGCGAGCUGGGAGGGCCCAGGACUCCUAAGAUCCUGACCUCCGUGCUAUUCUUCAGCCUGUGGCUCAUGUACAUUCUCUUCUCGUCCCUGGAGGCCUACUGCCACGUCAAAGGCUUCUAAGUGAACACAAGGGGGAGCUGGAACAAGCAGCAAAUUUAUCAUAACAAUAAUAAUAAGAAUAAUAAUAACUAAUAAUGUUAAUAAUAAUAGUCAAAGAGAAAAAGGAAGCCACAGCAAUUAGACAUCUUUCGGUAUUUUUUCGUUUGUUGGUUGAAAUUUCUUCCCCUCUGCCCCAUCUCCACCCUUACGCCCUUGUCCCACCACCUGAUUACCUGAGGUAGGGAUGUAAAUUUGUAAUUAAAGGGGAGUACUCUGUCAGCUUUGACAGUGUAUUAAAUUACAUGUAAUGUAGUUUCUUUACAAAGGGGGGCGGAGUCUGAGCACUAAGCCUCAAAGGAGCAUUUUACAGAGUUCUUGUGUUGUCAGUUGUCAAUAUUUUUUGAGUAAUAUUUAGUUCACAAAAGGUAAUUAUUAAGCAUAUCACCUUAUAUAGGCAUACCAUUUUGUAAAGAAAAUAAAUUA